ACAGCUUAACUCUCCUCUUCGGCUCUAAAGCAGACACAACACCAGCCCAAGAAAUUGGGUUUCAGAAACAAAAUAAAAAUGCAAAUCCCACAACCACCGUCGUCACCCUCCGCCAUCAGCAUCUCCUCCCCAACCGCCGCAAAGGACAGCACUAAAGCCACACUCUCCAUCAUUUUCGCCACCUCCCUUUUCUCGCUUCUCUUCAUCUUGUCUCUUUCUCCUUCCUCCACCUCCUCCUUACGUGCCACUAACCAUGUCCGCCCUGACCCCUAUCUCUUCCCCAACCGACAAACAACGUUCCAUAAAAUUCCGUCGGAUCCAUCUCCACCUUCCGUCGCUUACUUGAUUUCCGGAUCCAAGGGUGAUUCCCGUCGGAUACUUAGACUUCUCUACGCCACUUACCACCCCAAAAACCAGUAUCUCCUCCACCUAGAUCGCUUUGCUCCACAGGCUGAGCGCGAUCGAUUAGCGGUUAGAGUCCAAUCGGUGCCUAUCUUUAGAGCUGCUCUGAAUGUGAAUGUGAUAGGGAAAGCUGAUUUCGCGUACCCGAAAGGGUCAUCAACUAUUUCAGAGACUCUACAUGGUGCUGCUAUAUUGUUGAGGUUGUCGAAGAAUUGGGACUGGUUCAUUAAUCUUAGUUCCGGUGAUUACCCACUUGUUACGCAAGAUGAUCUCCUUCACAUUUUCUCCUAUUUGCCAAGGGAUUUCAACUUUGUGAAUCACUCGAGUUACAUUGGCUGGAGACAGGCUAAACAAUUGAAGCCUAUAAUUGUUGAUCCGGGGCUUUAUCUUUCAGAGAGAACUGAGAUGUUUUAUGCUUCUCAAAAGCGAGACUUACCUAAUGCUUUCAGGGUUUUUUCAGGUUCUACUUUUUCCAUUUUAAGUCGUAAUUUUAUAGAACACUGCAUCUUGGGUACAGAAAACCUUCCUAGGAUCCUACUGAUGUAUUUUUCAAAUACUCCUUCAUCCUUAACCAACUACUUCCCUACCAUCCUAUGUAAUUCUCGCCAGUUCAACAGGACUGUCAUAAACCAUAAUUUGCAAUAUGCAGCCUUUGAUAAGCCCUCCAAGCAGGUGCCUCGGAUGCUGAAUUCUAGUGAGUUUGAUGCUAUGAUUCAGAGUGGAGCUGCCUUUGCCAGUCGGUUUCAAAUCAAGGAUCGGGUGCUUGAUCGCAUCGACAAAGAAAUUUUGGGACGAAUUCGUGGAGAAGUUGUACCUGGUGGCUGGUGCUUGGGAGAACCUGGGAAUGGAACUUGUUCAGUUUGGGGCGACGCUGAUGUUUUGAGGCCUGGUCCAGGAGCAAGAAGGCUUGAAAAACGAAUUGUUAAAUUGCUAUCAAAGGGAGAAUUUCGGUCUCGCCAAUGUAUAUUUGAAUAAUCUUGUUUUGUCAAUCUGGCAAAGCUCACACGGACUUCUAAAGAGGACAGGAGAGGGAAUGGAGAGCAGCUUCUGCCGCUCGAUAAAUUUUUGUAAAAAGUUGAUUCAUUCUGGUACUAUUGGGCAACGGCAAAUUUGUAUCUCAUGGAGCUAACCGUUGAGAUUUUUGUAAAGUGAAAUUAUAAAUCACGUAUUGAUAUUUGAUAAUGUUCUUCCUUUGCAAAA